GAAAAAAAAAAACAAACAAAAAAUAUAACAAUAUUAAUAAUAAUAAUAAUAGAGGUAUGUAAAUUUUAAUGUGGAAUUGAGACAUAAAGGAUCAAUGUUGUUAAAUAUAUAAACUACAAUCAAAUAUUUGUUGGUUCAUUUCUGGUUUAUAAAAUAAAAAAAAAAGGUUGAGUUAAAUGCUCAUUAAAUCCACGGGGUGUAUUUGGAUCUUCACAUGAACAGUUCAGAAGCGAUUUUUUUAACGACACGCCCUCAACUUUGGGAGCAGCCGACGCGCUCGGCGCGCUCGGAGCGCGCUCAGUGCGCACACAGCGCCGGGGACAGAGGAGACCGGGAUCCGCAGCGGGACCUCAUAUCAGCGCUUGCUCUUGCUUUGACAUCUUUCUGUCUCUUGAGGGGUCCGCCUCCGCAGCCUUUCGCUCCGUGCGCCGCGGAGGUUGAGGGGAGUCCACCUGCCGGCGGACGCGCGCUCACGCCUCGUGAUGGACGCCCUGAAAUCUGCCGGAAGAGCCAUCAUCAAGAGCCCUGGCGUCCCACGGCACACGUGGGGGACUUCCAAGCACGAAAAAUUGCCAGAGAACUGGACAGACACGAAGGAGACCUUGCUGGAGGGAAUGGUCUUCAAUGUGAAGUACCUGGGCAUGACUCUAGUCGGCCAGCCCAAAGGAGAGGACAUGGCCUCAGCCGCCAUCCGGAGAAUCGUUGCCACGGCCAGAGCCAGUACUAAGAAGUUUCGGAAAGUGACACUGACGGUGUCACCGAAAGGCAUCGUCAUCACAGACACAGAGACCAGCGACCUCAUAGAGGACGUCUCCAUAUACAGAAUCUCUUACUGCACAGCAGACAAAACUCAGGAUAAAGUGUUUGCUUAUGUCUCACAGAGUCAGUUCAAUGAAACUCUAGAGUGCCAUGCGUUCCUCUGCCAAAAACGAAAAAUCGCUCAGGCGGUCACCUUAACGGUAGCUCAGGCCUUUAAAGUUGCUCUAGACCUUUGGGAGAUCGCUCAGGAAAGCAAGAAAUCUCGGACCUGCUGCUCCUGCGCAGCAGCUGGAGGACAGAUGGAGACAGAAGCACAACACGCUCCUUCAGCCAGUCACCCCCACCUGCCAUCCCCGGCGCAUCAAGCAGCGCACAGCCCCAUCAGGAUGGAGGGAAAGCUCCGGAGGCCCUUCUUCUCUGCUUUGCUCAGCUCCCCGUCACCUCGCAGUAACCCCUCGCGAAGACGACCAAUCAAGCUGGACUCCUGGGAUGCGGAGGACGGACUUGAAGACGCCUUCUCCAGACUGGCCGAGUCCCGCUCUGAACCCCUCCCUCGCCAUGCAGCUCUGACUCUUCUGGAGGCUCCACAAGGACUAAAAAGCACAGACUCUCAUCCAUGGAGCAGCAUAAAGGAAACGUCAUGCAAAGCAUUUCCCAGCUCUCAAGGCAAGCAGAGAUACAUGAGGUUACUGAGAACCCUUUUUCAUUGGAUAUUCAGUGUUUUUUAGUGAUGGUCUGCUCGUCAUAUUCACUCCAAAGACAGUCAGGUGUUCACAACCUCAAAUACCGUACACAGGGUAACACAACACAACUCACUUCACGACCUUCAUUUAAAUUCAACAGGUUGUAUUAAAUUGAAGUUCUUUUUUUCAGUUUGACUGUGGAUUGUACAUGUUGCUUGCAAUAAAUGGUUCAGAAACACUUGUACACAUCUCUUAGUAAAUGUAUGGUUUGGUUUGUUUUGGUUGCCAGGUUACUUCAACUUCAAAAUACUUAAUUUGGGUGAAAUUUGCAGCAAAAAAAUCAUUUUUUAUUUAAUUUCAGUUACAUGGAGAGACUAUUUCUUUCAGUUUGCUGUAAAAGAAGUGCGUAUAGACUGUCAAACAGAUGGGAAAAAAGUAUUUUUUAUUAGACUUUUUUUUAGUUUGUUUAAUUCCCACUCAUAUCAUCUUUUUAUCUAUUCUUAAAUUUUUUCCCAGGGUUUUUUUUUAUUUAGGAUUUUGCCAUUUUUAGCCAAAAUCAAGAAACCCGUGGGAGUUCAUUAGAAAUUUGUCUCUGAGUUGAGUUGUGCACUUGAUUUGUAAAGAUUUGAACAAAGAAAUACUCAGAAAUUGAAUUUUGAGCUUAUUUUUCUUUAUAUAUAUCCUCCAUCAUGAGAAAAAUGCCACAAGAAAAAAGUUCAAAAUCCCCAAAACACUAUUUUCAUUGAAGUGGAUCUUUAAUGUGCAUCUUUUAAGUUAGAAAAUUCAAAUUAAAAAACUGGAAAGAGUUGUCCGUGCUCAAAAAAAGCAAUCAUCUGAAGCCACCGUAGUACCAAAAUUCUGCCUAAAAUUGACUUUUAAAGAGAGCAGAGUCCGUAUAAACUGAGUUUAAUCAGUGUUUCAAAACUAAUUUCCAAUGCAGUAUAACUGUAGUGGUUCAGUUGGUUAUAAAACUAAACAUUCUAUCUAAAAAAAUCAGAAAAAAUUAGAAAAUCCUAUUUUCCUGUUGCAUUUGGUCUCCUCCACUUCAGCUGUCAUUGCACAAAAGAUUGUUUUAUUGUAUAAGAAUCAAAGUAAAGGAUGGGGGAAGCUGUAAAUCACUUUCUAUUUAUGUAUAAACAUUUUUUGCAUACUUUUUGUUAUGAUUGUUUUUGUAUAUGUGUACUGUUUGUGUGCAUAAAGUAUUUUGUAACUCAAGUGUAUUUGCAGUUGUUUUCUUAUUCUUGCAAUAUCACUAGGGUAUCAAAUUUGUACAGAUUGAAUUGUUUUACUAUUUAAGUUUUGCUUUUUUUUUUACUGCAGAUUAAAUUACUAUGCAUGUCAUCCAAGUGCAUCAUUAUUUAUUUUCUGGCUCUAAACCACAUUUAAAUGAACUGCCUGUGUUGCACCCUCAUGACAUCUCUUUUUCUCAACCAUCUCCUACCGAGAGCAGAAAUAAAUCUCCUUUUUCUUUUACUCCCAUCAUGCUGUUUAUUUUUAUCCGGCUCAUUGUGAAAAGGGGGCUACACCGUGCCCCGGUCCGGCUGAAGUGGUUACUCUCUAUGUAUUUGUGUCAGCCUGACUUGGAAUAAUUACCAUGGUUUGUGAGGCUCUGUGUUGUCAUGACGCCGGCUGCACAAUAAUUGGACGGUUAAUCUGGUUACUCAAUGAAGCCUAAUUACAUUAUUUCAUUCUUAACUGGCUGAAAUAUUGCUGCAAUCGUUUCCUAGGAUGAAGUUGUUUGUUUUUAUGUUUAUUCAAAAAUGGCUUGGAGGAUGUCUGUCAGUGAUGAUAACUUAAGAGGGCAGCAGCUGUGCCUCAGAGACUCCUAUUCUCAUUGUUGAUCCACAGAUUUGUCCAUAUUUUUCAGUAUUUUCUUGCUAGCUUCUUAUAGCAAGCUUUGAAAUACUUUGGAAAUAUUGAUGCUUCAAAUGUUUUCUUUUCUGUUUUUUAUGUCAUUUUAUUGAUUUUCUAAUUUGGAGGAAAAUGAAAUCUGCUGAAAAACUCCCCUGCAUCUGUUUGCAACAAAAAGUGAAAAAUAUAUUUGUUAGAUGAAUCAUGUUUGGGAAUAGAUGAGUCCAGUCAGCUUCUGAGAGUUUUCCUUCUGUGUGGGCAGACUACCUGAAACAUACGAUAUAAAUGGACUUUUCUGACAUUUCUCUGCAGAAAUACAGAAUAUAACACAAUUUAAUGUGGAAUUUCAUAAAUAAAAUGUAAAAAAUGAAGCUUCAGAUACAUAAAUGAAAGGUGUGGAAACUGAGUCAGAGCCCAGAAUAACUCCUGAAGUUUACAGUGUUGGUUGAAGAAGGUGCUCAUGUUUAUCUAUGCAACUAAAGGAUUUCCAGCAAUUUUGAGAUUUUGUGAUGAUAUUUGUUGGUGACUAAAUCCUAAUCAGCUAUUAUAAAAAAAUGCCGUAUAGAAUAUGGAAGCUUUUUUUGAUUUUGCCACAUAUUUACCAAAAUAAAAGACUUUUCAUAAAUAUGCCUACAUAGAUUUUAUUGGUAAUAAAAGAUUUUGGCAACACUAA